CCCCGUUGCAUCCUCUGAACGAACUUUGGGCCCAGGAAUGGUGCCCCAGGAGGGCCUGGCGAAGCGACCCUGGAGGCAGGAUCUAGAAAGACACACGCCCGGAGAUUCUAAGGGAAUACGGUUAAGGUUAAGAUUCUAAGGGAAUUCGGGAUCGCAUAGGGCUGGGGAGGCUCAAGAGUUGGCUGGGCCCAGUGGAGAUUUAAAGGUUGGAGCGCAGAGGCUCUUAAAGGGGCCGGGACAAAUUCCCAUUCUGCGUCCACCUUAAAGCCAGCUUCACGGAGCCCCGAGUGGGACCUGGGUCUGACCCACCAGAAACAUGGCAAGCAGCGCCGUCCCCAGUGACAACCUUCCCACGUACAAGCUGGUGGUGGUGGGGGAUGGGGGUGUGGGCAAGAGUGCCCUCACCAUCCAGUUUUUCCAGAAGAUCUUUGUGCCUGACUACGACCCCACCAUCGAAGACUCCUACCUGAAACACACAGAGAUUGACAAUCAGUGGGCCAUCUUGGACGUGCUGGACACGGCUGGGCAGGAGGAGUUCAGCGCCAUGCGGGAGCAGUACAUGCGCACAGGGGACGGCUUCCUCAUCGUCUACUCCGUCACGGACAAGGCCAGCUUUGAGCACGUGGACCGCUUCCACCAGCUCAUCUUGCGCGUCAAGGACAGGGAGUCCUUCCCCAUGAUCCUUGUGGCCAACAAAGUUGAUUUGAUGCAUUUGAGGAAAAUCACCAGGGAGCAAGGAAAGGAAAUGGCAACCAAACACAAUAUUUCGUACAUAGAAACCAGUGCCAAGGACCCACCGCUCAACGUGGAUAAAGCCUUCCACGACCUGGUUAGAGUAAUUAGGCAGCAGAUUCCGGAAAAAAGCCAGAAGAAGAAGAAGAAGACCAAAUGGCGGGGAGACCGGGCCACUGGCACCCACAAACUUCAGUGUGUGAUAUUGUGAUGGGCCUGAGGCCCUGGGCGCAGUGACCGUGCACUGGCCAGGCCUCAGGACCCCUCUGCUGCCUAACCUCACUGAAAACCAUUUCUAACCAUGACCCUUGACCCGAGGACUUGGCACAGGAAGGGAGAGAGGGAGGGUGGGCAGGGAGGAGACUGGGUUUGGCUUCACCAAAAGGGCACAGGCCUCCCUGUGUCUCACAAGACACAGGGAAGCACCACUACACAGAAGCAGCACCUGAGCCCCUCACGCUGAUUCAGCCCGAUUCCUCCCCACCUUUUGGUGGCUGUGCUGUUUUUGGUUUUGGUUUUUGUUUUUUUUGACUACGUAGUACUGGUUUGAGGUGGAAGCGUUUAUCCACCACAUACAGGGUGCAAAACAAGCCAUGACCCAACUCCCCCCUUGUCUCCAGUCCACAGUGUAUGAGAUUGAGUGUCUUUUGUAGAUUUUUUAAUUAUUUUAGUGAUUAUUAUUGUAUCAAGGGGGUCUGUGCCCACUGCCUAGUGAACUUUCAAGUCUUUAGCAGAUCUCUCUGACAACCUGUCUGGAAAAUUGUGGUUCUGUGUUUUUUUUUUAACUGAGUUUUCCCAGCAGUGCCAAAACUCAGCUUAGUAUGAAAGUGCAGUGGCCGUGAGACUGGAAGUGCAUGGAGGCUGCAGCUGGAGCCUCGGGAGAAGCAGACCCUGCGUGUGGCCUAUAAACUGGAGAGACGAGAGACGUGUUUACCUGGAGGGCUUUACUGCAGACGUUAGGAACGGACUUUAUUUUGCCCAGGGGAGAGGCUGGCACGAGCAUGUCCGUUCUAAAAGGGGCGUUGUUAUCCUGAAAAUGUAUAAACUCAAGUGAGCGGACCUGCCCGUAUGUUCCUUCCUUCUCCAGUCAGUGUGGGUUCACUUCUGCUCUUCCCAGCCGGUGACAGGGCUUCCUCCCCUCGCCGGUGCUGCCUGGUGCCUCUCCGACACCCACCCGCUGACACAGGCCCACACGCUUCUCCACGUCAGAGUAAGCUGACGUGGAUGCCAUCCAGGAAGUUCUGGUCUGUGCUGAAUCUCACCCGCAAGUGAUCCGGUACUGGUCCUUCUGUGACAGCACCAACGUCUGAAACCAUUUCCCCUCUGAUCCACUGACAACCACUUCUCACACCCAGUAAAUAAUGGCCCUCUUUAAGCCUUUGCAAACUGAGCAUCAGGUUGCCUUUUUGGCACCUGCUUUUGUUAUCCCCCUUGGAUCUUAACUGUAACAUAUGAUUGGAGGAGAAAGGAAGGUGGAGGUGAUGGUAUCACUCUCAUAUGCAUGUUUCUACAGGGGACAGUCACCCAGCUCCCUGACGAUGUUCACCUCCCUCUCGGGUGCUGCUGCUGAGAUCCAAAGACUGGAAUUGGGGGCCGGGGUGGCAGAGGAGGGGCAGCAGAACAGCAGGGCACCCCCGAGAGGGGGUCAGAAGAUCAGCAGCGCAGCUAGUGAACCUGAUUUCCUAAAUGUUAUGUGUCAGGUCACUAGGCAAACUAGAGCAUCCCUAGCAGGUGGCCUGGCCACCGUUUGGAGAAAGGACCCCGUGGAAAAUGAGUGCCCAGCUGGAUGUUGGGACACCUGGGUCCUCCAGUUUUGACAGUGUGCUGAGUUGCUAACUCGGCGAGACCACCAGCACCACGGGGCCAGCCCAAGAGCGAUCCUGCUGCAGAAUGAAACCAUUGAGACUUUUGCUGGAAAUCAAAUCAAACUUCUUUAUCUGUGUAAAUGGCCUCUUUUUCUGUUAUCUUAAAAGAAAUGAUAACAAAGAACAUUCCAGAUGAGGAAUCUCACAGCUUCCCAAGAUUCUAUAAUGUCCAUUGAGGGGCACUGUAAACAUGAGCAGGACAAGGCUCUUUCCAACCCUGAUGCUCCUGUGCCAGCAGCUGUGUGCAGGUUGACUGGCAGCUGCAAACUGGAGGUCAGGCAGACGCGGGGCAGGAGGGAGGGAGUCGGGAUGGAGGUGCUUUGCACCUAGGCAGUGGUGGAGUGGGACCAGAAGCCCCACGCACAGGGCAGUGUCCACUGCUGGGAAACAUCUCUGGGGCGUAGACCACCACCAGCACACCCCGCCCUCCGUGGAGCCGGCAACUCCCUGAAUGCUACACGGAGAGUCUUAGAAGCAGAGCAGCUGGUGUAGAAUGAAAAGCCUGUAGCCAGGAAGGUAACCAGGCAAAUGGGGUUCCAACUACUUCUAGUCCACCACCCCAACCCCACCAAACAGGGGCGGUGCCCUGCCCCUUCCCCAGCCCCACCUUGCAGGGCAUCAUCCUGCCCUCAUCCCACAGCUGAACUCCACAGUGCCCUAGAGAGAAACUGGUGAAGGGGGCGGCCUUCUGCAACCUCUGCUGUUGACCAAUGGUCAGCCUUCAUCUCCCAUGACCUCAUUUUCCUCAUAGGUGAGAUGGGUGAAUAACACUUUUAAAAGAUAGUCCUUUGUUUUUUAGAGAAUCACAGGCCCUUGUGGCAGUGAAGGCUCCAGAUAGGCCAGUGUGCCCUGCGGCAUCCCCGGUGCAGUUUCUCCUUGGUCACCUGGCAGGGUCAGUCUGGGAAGCAGCUGGCCAUGCUACUCCAUGACUGAGGAGCCCAGUGGGACUCAUGUCUUUCAUGACAUCCCAGCAUUCCCACUAUUUUUCCGGACUGCUUGAAUGGUACAUCCCCUGGAGCACACCCUUCCUGAAAUCCUAUCACCCCAUGCCUUUGCACUGUGUGCUCUCAGAUUUCCUUCUAAAAUUCUGACAUUCUCCCCCUUUAAGGGCUCCUUUUCUCCCCAGCAGGUAAUCCUAGCCAUCUUCCCCACCCCCAUGGCCUGGGGGUAUGGCCACUGACUUCCUCUGCACUUUGCCACACAGGAGAAGUUUAGACGGUUUUUCUUAGGACUUCGCCUACCACCUUCCUGUGCCGCUUGCUGUGGAGAGUGCCUGGUGGCCCAGUGUGGCCUGUCUCACUUUGCCAGAUGUGACCCACUAACACCUGGCAGCGCUAACUCAGAGGCCCUUCGUGUGUUGCAGGAAAUCCAGAGCCGUAGAGAGGCUUCCUCCACUGGCAGCCCUUUGGAUUAGAAAUUCCAUGUCGGGUUUACUUAAAAGGAAAGAUACUUGAAUAACAGAGCGCCUGUGAGCGCCCAGCUUCUGUUACACAGUAGUAACAGGUGGCCAUUGUCAUGAAACGAGAGUGAUGCCUGAAGAUCUCGGCGAUGCUUGAGCCUUUUAUGUAACUUUUUAUUAAGUCUUUGUGUAUCUCAGUUCAUUAAUAAAGAACAGAAGAGGAACACC